CAGCAGUCCCCGCAGAGCGCAGAGCGCAGAGCUGAAGCACACCGCCUGUCACAGAGAGGACCUCCGCACCUUUACGGGAUUUGAAAGACUACAAGAGUGGAUAAACUUGAGCUAACAAGGAGUCCACGCAGGUGAGGUGAGGACAAGGACGAGAUCUGCAUCAGCCCCAUCUGUCCAUCAACGAACCAAGUGCCUCCGUGCUGCCGGCCACCCUCAGGUCGCCUCAACCACGACGGGCGCCAAACAAUAAAAGUCUUGACCUGGCGUCCCUCAGACAGCCUUCACAAAGCAAAUAUUUGAAGCCAUUAUAUCUCAUUUCUCCAGGCAGCCGUCACUGAAAAGAUCAACAGCGAAGGGUGUUGUUGGGAGACAGAAAGAGAGAAGAAAAAGUGGGGGAGGAAAAAGUAACCCUUUCAAAGUGCACCCUGCCUGCUAUUUCUGCUGCGGUGUGGGCAGGGAGCGUCUCAUUUGGGAGUGCUCUUGGCUGACAAAAAAAGGACUUCCCUUUGCCCUGCCUGCCUAUCCAAAAUGCCUGUGUAAAUACUGGAUAGAGAUAUCAAUUUGUCUGGGCUCUUACAUUGCCCAACAAAGAGACUGCAAGCUAUCUAUAGAAAACGUUACAACAAACUUGGACUCUGUGGUCUCCUGAAUUGCUACAUAUCUAUUACCCCUCAAGGAAGACUCAGACUCAUACUUACAAACUUUUACUAAAUAACUAGAUUGACAUUUUCACAGGUCCAAUAACUGCUCUUUGGGGGACACCAAAAGCUGUCAUUUGGGGGCCGCAGUUUUGAUGUCGUUCCCAGCUCAGUAAACAGGAGGUCAACAUGAAGCCCCUUACGCCAGUUGGAUCUCCUUCUCCUCUGAGGCUCCUCAACAAGGGUCCAGACUACCUGCGCAGGCAGAUAGAUGGUGGAGGCUACGGCCGCUCAAUCAGCGCUGUGGAGAGGCUUGAAGCGGACAAAGCCAAAUAUGUUAAGAGCCAGCAGGUGAUCAACACCAAACAGGAGCCUGUGCUGGUGCCCUGUGCUACCCCACCACCGCAACCCCGGCGAGCUAUAUCCAUCCCCGGUAGCCUGACACCUAAUCUUCCCCCACGCGGUUCAUCCAACUACCCCUUCUCUACAUCCAACACCCCCUUCUCUACACUCUCUGGCUCCUUCACAUCAAGAGAUGAAAAUGAAAAUGAAGACUCCAGGAAGGAGAACAGACGGACUUCUGUUGACGUUGAGGCGCAUAACAGGAGCAAUGUGAACAAUGUACUGCCUCCAAACCCCAGGACUCCUGGCAACAACGCCUUAGUAGCGCCCCACAGUGCCCCCAUACUCAGAAGAAGCAAUGGUAAACGCAUGCUGAGGCCGGACUCUCUCGUCAUUUACAGGCAAAAGAAGGAGUGCAAGAGCCCCGGCGGUGCAGCAGUGGGAGAGAACAACAACACUGAUAUGAAGAGCUACAGUUUUGUCCGCCGCCUAUUCCAGGGCUCGAUGAGGGAGAAGGGCAGCGGAGGUGAAGGCAGAAUCCAGAAGAUGGUGAUCGGUGAAGAGAAAGCGCCAUCACGGGAUGGAGACUCCCGCAUGUCUUGGACCAAUGACAAAGACAAUACAGAUGGAGGACCAGGGAGCAGAAGGUCCAGUAAAACUGACCAAGAACGCAGCCCAGGGUCUAUCCCCAGCCCUGGGUUUAGUUGUGUGCUUGAACAGAUUAAUAAUGGAUUUAUAAAUGGUACCAGUGAUGGUAUCACCAACGGCAGCCAUUCAAGUAACCAUGAUGAUGAGAAUGACCCCUGGAAGCGGGCGUCACCCCCACCACUACCCAGAAGGCAGUUUGGGGAGUUGCGACGCUCAAAGUCAGACCUGCGUCUGCGCUGCUCAGUAGAGUUAUCAGAGCAGGAGCAUUUCUUUGACUUCUGUGGGCUGGAUGUGGACAUGAUAGAGCGUCUGGGUCGUGACAAUUUCCUCUCUGGUGCCAGCUCAAUAGACACACUCUCACUGGCCCUCCGCAGCGUAGGAGGGGACGGCUGCGGCGGCUCAGAGCCCAGCGAGUUCUCCCAGCACUCAGGAGACGGGCUGUUUCAGGAGGAGCUAGCUGAGCAGCUUCCCACUGGUGUGUCAAUCAUUGAGAGGAACGCUCGUGUCAUCAAGUGGCUUUACGGGUGUAAGAACGCUGCUCGAGAGGGACCCAAAGAGUCUACUGUUUAACACAGGGACAAGCAACCAUGUGCCAUGGAGUGCUGAGCGUCUAAACAAGAGUUUACUGGUUUAUUGUUAAACCAGUAAACCAGGGGAUCGUCACCCAGAGAGAUCGCCCAGUGCAGACCUUUAUCCUUUGUGCAGAAUCUUCCAUAGAAAUGCAGUACAAAGCUUUGAAUGAUGACCAAAUUUCAGUAUUUUCAAAAGCAACAUUCAGUAUGGUGAUUAGCUAGCAGCAUUUCUGCAAUGCAUCACUGAAGAAAAAUAUAGGACUUGUUUCUAAUUUUAGAUAUUUUAAUCCGCCUACAAAGUUUAUAGUAACAUUGUGAGUAUUUGUAACAUUUCAACAGCUUAAUACAUUUGAUUAGUUGAAAACUAAUUAGCAUCAAUUCAACUAAAUUGUAUGAAAAUAUGUAGGUAUGUUCAUAAAUUGUCACAUAUACUCUUUAGAUAAUCGGUUAAACAUCUGCAUCGAAACAAGUGAAACUAAUAAGUUGUUGAAAUGUUACAAAUACAAAAACUAUGUGUAGGGGGACUAUCCCAAUAAAGUGAUAGAGUUUCAGCCGCUAAUGUCUGCACGUAGGAUUACCACUCCAUGGCACACGAUUAACUUUAGUCCCUUGCUCUCCCCGACUCCAAAGACACUGUUUCUUCAAAUGAGAGGACAUCAACUGCUACUAGUUAUCUUCGGUCAAAUAUAUAUAUUAUAUUUAUAGAUUCUAUGGACGUAUUGUGUGGCUGUAGACACAAUUUCUCUGAGCAAAAUGUGUGUCUGUGUGUGUGUGUGUGUGUGUGUGUGUGGACGUUGCUGUCCUCUCUGUUUGUAGCUUCUUUUCAGUUAUUGACCGAACUGAUCUGAAAUCAGCCCCUGUGACCCCUCACAAGGCACAUAAGUGUAUGUUUGUCAUGACACAGUGGACACAGUUUAGUAUCCUUGGCACCAACACUUUCCCUUAAUGACUAAAUUAACUAGAAAACCACUAAGCUAUGUUUUUUCUAAACUGGAAAACUGUUGUGUGAGUGUGAAGUGAACCACGAGUACCUCAUUCGGAUCUGUCCCAGUUUAGUUUGUGUGUUGCUUUUCUUUCUUUUUUACUCCUUAAACGCAGGCGUUGGAACAAACAUGCAAGGCACCCCUGUGGGGUUGUUAAUGCAUUGAACUGGACAGAGAGAGAGAGAGGAAAUAGAGAGAGAGAGAGAUAUAUAGCUUUGACUCUUCACAGAGAUUCAUCUCAUACAACGUUAAACACUGAGCUGGAUUCACAGCAGCACCUGCAUCGUGGAAGACAAGGAGCCAUGCCUGGCCAGUAAUUUUCAUCAUUUUCAUCUCAUUUUCUAAACUCUAAUGAGGGUUGAGUCUCACACAGUAUAAACACUGUCCAAUAAUCACUUCUGACACAGUCAUUGAUUACCACAGCUAAUGCUUUAUGUGUGUCCAACGCUCACAGCUGUGUUAGCUAUACGGUUGCAAGAUGAGCAACAGGGAAAUAUUCCUGUCAGCGCAAAACUGGACUUUUACAAGCAAAUAUAAGCACAAUGAGAAUUUAAUCUCACCAAAGAAGUUUAAAAAAUGAAGAAAAUGUCAUGAACAUAAUAUAUUCACCUCCAAAAGUAGAGAAGUUCAAGUUGUCAAACUCUUACUUUGCAAUGUUUUAGCGUGUCACUUUUACCAUCUGGCAAUUUACAGACGUUUAACCUUCACAGCUGGCUCAGUCGGCGCAUUCUCAUCCAAACAAGCAGGGGAGGCUGAAGCUGCCCUCCUUUCUCUGAUAACCACAGAUCCUACCUCACUUCAUCCAUCCUUCAGUGAUUCUCACUUUAUCUCCAUGAAAGGUCAUUUCCAUUGCUUGGCCUGGAGGAUGCCGCAGAAACAUGAACUGGGGGUCUGCCGAGGUAUGCAGAGGUUAGACUGGGAGGCGUUGUGGGAUGAGAAUUACUGAACCCAAGGGCACGAUAUACUUGUACAUGUGAUAAAUUAACACAAUUACUUGCAGCUUUGAUACGUUUUAUUUUCUGUAUUUAUCAUCAGCAUGGCACACUCCUGAAAUCCCUUCAACCCGGAAUUUAUUUUGGUUUUGUAUCUCCCUGUUAAAACCAUUUGGUUGCAUGUUUACAAAGUGGCUCCAUGACACUCUGAAUCUCUAUUUUUAUUUGAUAUAUAUAUACGUGACAGAGAUUUAGUUUUUAUUCCAAAGAGGUUUGUGUAAGAUGUACACAGCAAAUAAACACAAAGAAUGAAA